AUGGAGCGUCCAGUUGAUAUGGGCCAGGAUCUUGUGAGUCCUCCCUUUGAUCGCAAGGUGAGCUUCGAGGCAAAAUACGCUAUCGACAGUAUCGCUUGUUUCUUGCAGCUUUGUCGGAUCUACCACCAGCAGACCUUGGAUAGCAGCUUUGUCACGGAUGACUGUCUCGGCUCCACCAAGGCUAUCUUGCAAAUUAUUCGGGAGCAGAGAGAUUCUACAUAUACAGAGUAUGGAGCCCUGCGCGAUCCCACAUACUCAUUCAUGCGUCUGCCAGCUAUCUCCCUAGAAAGCCCCUACAAUGGACCCAAGUCUCCCUCAAAUUCCGGGACAAGCCUGAUCAAGGAAGGGAUCUGCAUUAAUUCAGAAUUCGGCCGUGUCUUUACCUACGAGGUUGAUAGGUACGGAUCACAGAUCUUCAUGGAUGAUGCAUCGCCUCUAUCGUUGCUUUCGUUACCUUACUUAGGAUUCUGUUGCGCCAAUGACCCCGUGUACAAGAACACGAGGGCCAUGGUGCUUAGCCGCAGGAGGAAUCUCUAUUUCCUCGACAGCAAGGAGCUGCAUGAACAGGGAAGUCCCCAUGUGAACCCGGAGGUGAUGUGGCCAGUUGGGACAGUAAUAUGCAUACUUACCAGUGACGAUGAUGAGAUUCUGGCUCAGCUGGAGAUCCUCAAGAAGUUGGCCGGGGGUCUAGGGCUUAUUCACGAAGCUAGUAGGUUCAGCGGUCUGUAG